AUGGCCUGCCACACCGUCCUGCCACUUCUGUUCCUCCUUUUCCUCUUGGCAAUGGCAGCAACUGCGGACGACGUCGCCCCUGGUCCUACCACACCACCACCGGAGCUCAACCUGACCAACAUCCUGGAAAACGGCGGGCAGUACACGACGCUGCUCCGCCUGCUGAACGCCACCCGGAUAACCGAGCAGAUCACCAGCCAGCUCAAGAACUCGUACGACGGCCUGACCUUCUUCGCGCCCAACGACAACGCCUUCACCAAGCUCAAGGCCGGCACGCUCAACGCCCUCACCGACCAGGAGCAGAUCCAGCUGCUGCUCUACCACGUCCUGCCCCGCUACUACAGCCUCACGACGUUCCAGACGGCCAGCAACCCGCUGCACACCGAGGCGUCGGGCCCCGGCGGCAUGUACAGCGUCAACGUGAGCACCAGCACGACGAGCCCUCUGGUGAACGUCUCCACCGGCGUCGUCGACGUGCCCAUCAGCAGCACGCUGUUCGCCCGUUUCCCGUUCGCCGUGUACUCCGUCGACGACGUGCUGCAGCCCCCGCAGAUGUUCGGCAGUUCCCACAAGGCUUUUGCGCCGGCGCCGGGACAGGCGGCUGCGGCGGCGGGGCGGCAGAAGGGUGUCCCUAAGAGCGAUGUGGCAGCGGAGCCAUCGGAAGCGGUGGAAGAGCCAGAAGGUAGCAGCACGAACGCCGCCGCGGCUGGAAGAGGGAUCGCGGUGUGGCUGACGACGGUCAUUGUUUUGGGUGGCAUGGCCUUGUUUCUCAAUCUACUAGUUAGCGCGUGA